AUGACAAGCAUGGUUGAGAUCUCAUGGCCGCCAAAGUCCCCUCGGGAGGCCCUUCUCAGCACCCCGAAUGGUCGCAAGAGGUAUGAGGAUAUGCAGCGUCGCCGCGAAAACCCAAGCUCGCCUCUCAAACGCUCCACCACGACUCCCGAUUUGCGAUCUAAGGCGGCACAACUUCUGAGCGAUGGGCUGGAUGAAGGGGACGAUGACGAGGAGGAGGAUGAAGAAACGCUGCAGUUGAAGCUGGCCGCCAUUGAGGCCCGGCUGAAGCUCAAACAGCUCCAGAAGAGCCGCGCGAAGACAGGAACGCCUGGACCGGACCGACACGAGAACGACACGCCUGCCAGACCCGCUACCGCGAUCGGCUCUUCGCAAAUCCAUGAGCAGGCAACAAGAACCAAAAGCGUACAUGCAGCAAGCAGUGAUGCGCAUUUUGAUGACGUUCAAGUUCCGUUGUCGCCCACACGGCGUCCUCCGAACGACCCUGUGUCCCCGCGAAGGUAUUUUCUGGGCAUCGACAAGGGUCUUCGAGGCAGGGAUGUAUCGCUGAGACGCCCCCCAAGCUCAAAGGGGACCGGUCAGCUAGCACGGCCUGCGACACGAGAUGGAUUGGUCUCUCAUUCAGGCAAUAUUCUGCAGGCGAUCACGGGGGGUGGUGAACGCCCUCGCCCCAAGAGCUUCAGUGAACGAGUCGCUGAGAGCCGGUCCGCCGAUGUGUCUCGGAGAGAGCGAACAGCGCGGGUAGAGAGGAUCCAAGCCAAUAGAAGUACGGCCUUCCAAAUCGACAAGGCCGAGGUGGAAGCAUUGAAGGCGGCCGCCGAGGCUAGGAAGGACGCUCCAAGGUCGCCGACGAAGAGUCGCCCAACCGAGACCUUCAGCCGAGACGACAUCCUACGAUCUUACAAUAAUCUCAAGCCGUCUCUUAAAAGGAGUCAGACCACCCCCAGCGUACGGCGCAAUGAUAUUGAGGCUGAACCCAAGGAAUCGAGGCCGCACUUCCACAGACGGAACCUCAAAUCCGAGUCCGAAGCGCCAGGAAGCUCUCAGAACAGUGCUGGCGGUGAUUCCCAGGGCGACAAAGGUGGCGACCCAUCCAAGUUCGAGUCCUUCUCCUCUCAACACCUGUCAAACCGCAUCUUACCCCAUUCGUUCUUGACUCGAACUCUAGAGGACAAGAAAGUCCUUAAGAUCCCCGAUCUACUCCGCACAGUAAAGGCGCCCGACUUUGAACUACCGGAGGACAUUGACACGGACUUCGUCGUGUUUGGCAUCGUGGCGUCGAAGUCAGAGCCCAGACAAAUCAAAGCACCAAAUGCCAACGCCACCCCAAAAGAAGUCGAUCCCUUUGACGAUGGAAGGAACAACACCAAUCAGUACAUGGUUAUCACCCUGACGGAUCUCAAAUGGACCAUCGACCUCUUCCUCUUUGAAACCGCGUUUCCUCGCUAUUACCGCAUUUCGGAAGGGAUACUCGUUGCCAUUCUGAACCCCACGAUUAUGCCUCCGCCGAAGAACAAGUUAGACACCAACAAAUUCAGUCUCGCUGUAUCUUCAUCGGAUGACAAGAUCCUGGAGGUUGGCUACGCUCAAGACAUCGGGUUCUGCAAAGCCGUCCGCAAGGACGGCAAAACAUGUCAUUCCUGGGUGGAUGCUCGAAAGACAGAAUUCUGCGACUUCCACGUGGACCUGCAAAUCCGUCGAACUCAGGCCGGCCGGAUGGGCGUGAACGGAGGCACGGGCAUGUAUGGGGGACCCGGAGGCCGCUCAGGCUCUCGAACUGGCUUCUACGGCAACGCAGGCCAAGGCCAAAAAGGUCGCCCCCCAAACGGACUGAAGUCAGCCGGCGCCAAAUUCGACUUCCAAUCCCAGUCGUCGUACUACAUUGCACCCGCCCCGAAGUCCAGGAGCGCCGGGCCCUCAUUCCACCCUAUGCCAGGCGGACAAUCGGCCGCUAAUCUCAUCGACGCGGACCACGACGACCCCUUCAUCGCCGCCGGCAUGAUGGGCCGCGGAAUGGAGAAUCGCGAGGAGCGCUUCCGCAAACGCCUGAAGGAGAAGCAGCGCGAACGCGAAAUCACCACGAAGCUCAUUUCCCGCCCCGGAGGCGUUGGCGCAGAGUACCUCCGAUCCCGAGAUAGCGGCAAUGUCCCGACGCCCCGUCCCGACCCCCAAGCAGACCGGGAGAAGAACGCUUCAGAUCAGCUUUCGGCUCAUAACCUCGGCCUGUCGAGCUUCAGACGGGCGGACACGGUCAAACUGGGUUCGUUGAAACGCGCCCACGACGGCGACAGACCCCAGAGCAGCAGCGGUGUCAAGAAGACUCGGUUUAUCACCUCCCAUGGCAUCAAAGAGGCCGGGAGGGACAGUCUGGGUGGGAAACCCGAUCUGGUGCAGACGAACCUUGACGAUGACGAUGACGAUGACCUAGAUAUCAUCUAGAGAAACACACCCCCCUUUCCCUCAAACCCCUCUUUAUGAUGAAAAAAAUAGAUACCCUCAUUCUUUGACAGCCUCGAUUGGAUAUCCCUGCAAGAACCUAUCUGAAUCGACAGGACUCG